AGACAAUAGUUGUGGAUGAGGCAGUGAACUGUCUUGUCUCCUGAUACUCUUCGGUGCAGUCAUCUACUCCACUGGCCUGCCGACGUGGCGGGGCGGAAGACGAGCCGCUGGUGGCACCAUAAGGAUCACCAUGUCCCAGACUGAUGCAGACCCCUAUGCUGACAUCAACCCUUCACCCACCCAACCCCCUAACACAGACCCUGGUCUCUGUCAGGAUGUCCCAGCAGCCUUUGCACUGCCUUCAGGUCCUCUGCAACCCCCUUUGAUCCCUGAGAGUUUCAACCUCCCACAAUCCAGCACUGAGGAGCCGACUACAGAGGACACCACCAUGACUAACGCUUCAGAGUGUCCAACUGACCAACCAGAGCCUGCCCCUGAGGGUCAGGUGAUCAUAUGUGACCAACCAGUAAGCCUGGAGCCAAACGAAGAGGCUGCAGAGGAGGAUGUGGAGAGGUCACUUCAGGAGAAAGAAAAAGGUUGGGGAGGUUGGAGUUCAUGGGGAAAAUCUCUUCUGAGCAGUGCCACUUCCACAGUGGGCCAGAGCCUUACCUCAGUUAAAACCAAGGCAGGAGAAGCUCUGCGUCUCCACAGGACCUCAGUAGGAGAGGAGGCACAAGAAGAGGAGGAGGGAGCCGAGGGGGAGAAGAAAGAGGAAGGAGGUGAAAGUGGAGAGACUGAGCUGUCCAGUUCUGGGGAGUAUAUUGUUAGUGCUGCAGCCUCUGGCAGGGGAGUCUUCUCUACAAUCACACACGCUGUGCAGAACACAGGUAAGUCAGUGAUCAGUGGAGGUUUGGAUGCCUUGGAGUUUAUUGGAAAGAAGACCAUGACUGUUCUUGCUGAGACUGACCCGGGUUUCAAAAAAACCAAGACCCUGAUGCAGAAGACUGUAUCGCUGAGUCAGAUGUUAAAGGAAGCCAAAGAGAAAGAGCGGGCCCGUCUGGGCACCCAUCCAAUCAGUGCACCCACAGCUCACUACGGUAUUCUGUUUGACGACUACCAGGGCUUGUCACACCUCGAGGCCCUGGAGAUUCUGUCCAAUGAGAGUGAGGUCAAGGUCCAAGCCUUCCUCUCCUCUUUGGUGGAAGAGGAGCAGGAGGAGGUGAAGAAGGAGCUGAUUUUCAUCAAGAACAUCUUCAUCAAGCAAGAGGAAGGAGAGGAAGAGGAAAAAGACAAAGAGGAGGAAGAAGGAGGAGGAGAACAGACGAAGGAUAACGGUGAUCUUAGUUCCCAAUUACACUGUUCUACCCCCCUGUCGGCCGAUGGCGAGGAGUUUGUGAGCGUUCUCACUGAGCUGCUGUUUGAGCUUCAUAUUGCUGCAACGCCAGACAAACUCAACAAGGCUCGGAUGAAGGCCCAUGAUUGGGUGAGCAUGGUGGAACAGCCUGUCACUACGGAGACGGUUGACAAGGAAAUGCAGGACCAGCCGGCGGUAGAGACCUCACCUGGAGAGAAGGGAACGGAGGAGAAGAAAAAAAAUGGAGAGCAGGGGGAGGAGGUGAAGGAAGGAGAGGAAAAAAAGGAGAAAGAGAACGACCCCAGAUCUGUAGAGGCUGUGUACCUGUCAUCAGUCGGCAGUCUUGCAGAAGUGACUGCUCGCAGUAUCGAGCAACUCCACAAGGUGGCAGAACUCAUUCUCCACGGCCAGGACCUGGAGAAACCAGCAAGAGACCAGGCACACAUCCUCGCCAAGUUGACAUAUGCCAUGUGUAAGGAGGUGGAGUGUUUGGCCAAGACGUUCUCUGAUACACUGCUUUUUGUUGGGGGUCAGAGGAAAGCAGAGGAGUUGAAUCCGCUGGUAGAUAAUGUGCUAUUAGAGGGCUAUAACUGUACAAACUACAUUGAGAAUGCAUUGCAACUGCUGCUGCCCAUCCUCCAGAUCUCCCACAUCCAGAGCCAGCACUGUGGGUCCACCACAGAACCAGCAGCACAGAUACAGCACUAACACACACAUACACACACACACACACACACACAAACACACACAAACACACACACUUACACACUUACACUCUACCUGCUCACCUGCUUGUCUUAAUGUAUCUAUUGUUGUACAGAAAAGUAUACUGUAUAGAAUAGAUUAUUACAGAUGAAGUGCUUAAAUCUACAUUCAAUGCCAUAGCAACAGGCAGAAUAUGUUUUAUACAUACAAUACAUAAUAUAAUCUUAAAGUUUAACACAUGCGGGUUGUAUGUAUGACUCUUCCACAUUGUGUCUCUGAAUGUUAUUUUGACUGAGUUAAUAUUUUGCUUUGUUGUUCAGAGCUGAUUCGAGCUCAACUGUGACACAUUCUGUCUGACAAAACAAAGAUGUCUCUGGAUUGUCUUCAAAAUUGAACCAAAUUUGACUGAUUGUGUUGAAGUGACUCUCCAUUAAUGUAUAUUAAGCUUCCUUUGCACUCUU